AUGGCAACUGCUACAAAAAUUAUCCAGAGGCUCAGAAAUCUUUUAUCGGGGCAUGAUCUGCAAGCAAAGCUCCAGAUGCGUUACGGUGAGAUUGCAAAGAGGACCCAACCACCACCCAAACUUCCUGUUGGGCCCAGCCACAAGUUUGCCUUCAAUUACUAUAAUGGCAGAGAUGGGCGUAGAGAGUCUGCACCAGCCAUGAUCGUGAUGUCCUGUCAAAAGGCCUUGACUGCUGGCCAAGCUCUGGAGGUGCCAGCAAAGCAUCCAGUCACACCUGGUAAUGUUCCCAGGGAGCUAACGCUGUCUAAAGACCAGCCAUUCCUCUGAACAACAACAAAUGGUUUAUUUUUCCUGACUUUCUGUAGGUCUGACAGCA